AUGCCCCCUCAAUUCAUCGACGAUAAAUCCCCAAUAUGCAUCCCCUUCAUCCUCAACCGCCUCAAAUUACACCACCAAAAACACCACCACCACCACCACCAGCAACAACAACAACAAACCCUCUCGAACAACGAGAAUAACCCGCCCCCUCCUCUCAUCAUCGGCCUCAACGGCCUCCAAGGCAUCGGAAAAUCCACCCUCGUCGGCCCCCUCGCCGAAACCCUCGCAAACCAGGGCAUCCCCACGCUCGUAUGCAGCAUCGACGACUUCUACCUCACGCACGAGGAGCAGGUCCAGCUGGCGAGGGAGAAUCCGGAUAAUGCGCUGUGGCAGGUCCGCGGCGAACCAGGAACUCACGACAUCCCCCUCCUUAAAUCCGUCCUCACCUCCCUCCUCUCCCACAAACCAACCUCCAUCCCGCAAUACGACAAGGCCCUCUUCUCCGGCCAAGGCGACCGCCUCCCUCCCCAUCUCUGGAAACCCAUCAACACCAAUCUCUCCUCCUCCCCUAACUCCUCAAGUUCCUCCACGAACAGCCAACCCCUCCAAGUCAUCAUCCUCGAAGGCUGGUGCAUCGGCUUCCGCCCCCUCCCCCCUUCACUCCUAUCCCAGAGAUACUCCUCACCCAGCCGAACGCUGCAGAACCACCGCCUGGAGCAUCUCCUCGCCAUCAAUGAGAAACUGCGCGAGUAUGACGAGGUCAUCAACACCUUGUUUGGUGCCUUUAUUCAUAUUGAUGCCGAGGAUACAGAGCACGUGUAUGAGUGGCGGCUCGAGCAGGAAGAGCAUCUUCGUCUGGCGAGGGGCGAUCCCAACGCCGGCAUGACAAAGGAGCAGGUCAUCAAGUUUGUUGACGCGUAUUACCCUGCUUACGAGCUGUAUUGCGAUGGCUUGCGGGAGGGGCUGUUCAAAGAUAGGCCUGGGGCGCAGCUGAGGAUGGUGGUAGGACGGGAUAGAAAGGUGAAGCGGGUUAUAGAGAUAUAG